UAUUGCUGAUCUCUAUCCACGCAUAAGAUAUCCGCGGCGACUGCAAUUCCAGUGAAGGAAGGGAUACUUACUUUCCAAGCCUAUCCCGAUCUCCCUGAAGCCAUUGGAUCCGCUGUCAUGCUAUCUCCGCACCCUCUACCCUCUUCCCAGUUCCUUGGCCCCCGCGUCGCCCCUCCGCCCCGCCAGGUCGCCGCUGCCAUCCUCUCCCCAAGGUCUCCACCCGUCGCCGCUGUCCUCCGUUCCCCGGGCGUCUCCAACCCGUCCCCAGAACUCCCCACCUCGCUCUACGAGGUCCUCGGCGUCCCCGCCUGGGCUAGCGGCCGGGAGAUCAAGGCGGCGUAUCGCGGGCUCGCGCUGAAAUGCCACCCGGACGUCGGCGCAUCCGCGGAAGAAUUCAUGCGUGUCCAAGCCGCCUACUGCACCCUCUCUGACCCCGACAAGCGCGCCGACUACGAUCGCCAGCUGACGGCUUCGUCGGCGGCAGCCGCGUCGCUCGGCCGCCGUCACCGUUCGUCGUACUCGCGGACCGCGUCGUUCCCCGGAAACCGCCGCCGGACUUGGGAGACGGACCAGUGCUGGUAGGAGGCCGAAUGUUCUGCCGCGACGUUAGUGGCCGUCAGAUGGGAUCCGAACGGCUGGAUCUCAGCCUUAUCAUGAUGCUACGACGAUCCGACUACUGUGAAAUUGUCAACGCCACAGCAGACUGACUUUCUCCUACCUUAAUUUUGAUUUUUCAUUUUUUUGGCCAAAACAGUAAUAUAUAUAUAUAUAUAUAUAUAUAUAUAUAAUAUGCAGAAGUGUAGUUUUACAAAUAUGUAAUAGUAAUUUAAAUAUUAUGAAUUAAUAGAAGGAAGGAAAAAACAGAGAUAUGAAUGUAA